GCAGAGAGAGCGAGAGAGCACAAUCUGAUCAGAUCAAGCAGUUUCAACUUCAUCUCUCCUGGGUCACAUACUCCUUCUCCACCAAGGAAAUCAAAGAAGAGAAACAUCUGCAAAGAGCGGAAGAUAUUGCGAGGAUCUCGCUUCUUAUCUCUAUCUAGCUAUUUCAAAAUAGUUUGUUUUCCCUACUAUUUUUUCCCCAUCUUUUUGGAAUCGAUUAUUCGCGUUUUAUUUUUGUAAAAAACCAACCCACCACCUUCUCUCUGUAAACUCACCGCCACCUUCCAGCUGAAAGCCUGCCGAGCCGCAGCGAGGAGGAAGAGAGACAGCCCUGAGCGGAGAGCCGGCGAUGGAGGUGACGACAGAUCAGCCGCGGUGGGUUAGCCACCACCACCCGGCGGUGCUGAACGGGCAGCACCCGGAUUCCCACCACCCCGGGCUCGGACAUUCCUAUAUGGACCCAACUCAGUACCCGCUGGCCGAAGAGGUGGAUGUACUUUUUAACAUCGACGGACAAGGGAACCACGUCCCUUCCUACUACGGCAACUCGGUGCGAGCCACGGUGCAGAGGUACCCACCGACUCAUCACGGGAGCCAGGUGUGUCGCCCUCCCCUCCUGCACGGAUCUCUCCCUUGGCUGGACGGGAGCAAAGCCCUGGGAAGCCACCACAGUGCCUCUCCUUGGAAUCUGAGCCCCUUCUCCAAGACCUCCAUCCACCACAGCUCCCCGGGACCCCUCUCCGUCUACCCUCCGGCCUCCUCCUCCACGCUGUCCGCCGGGCCGACCCCUCCCAAAGAUGUCUCCCCGGAUCCCUCCAUCUCUACCCCGGGCUCCACCGGCUCCGCCCGGCCGGACGAGAAGGAAUGCAUCAAGUACCAGGUGUCCCUGGCAGACUCCAUGAAGCUGGAGUCGUCCCACUCCCGCAGCAGCAUGGCCUCGCUGGGAGGAGCCACCUACCCGCCCUACGUCCCCGAAUAUGGCUCGGGACUCUUCCCCUCCAGCAGCCUGCUCGGGGCCUCGCCGACCGGCUUUGGCUGCAAAUCAAGACCGAAAGCGCGUUCGAGUACAGAAGGCAGGGAGUGUGUAAACUGUGGCGCUACCUCAACCCCCCUGUGGAGGAGAGAUGGCACCGGGCAUUAUCUGUGUAACGCCUGUGGACUCUAUCACAAAAUGAACGGGCAGAACCGGCCCCUGAUUAAGCCCAAGAGAAGGCUGUCGGCAGCAAGACGGGCGGGCACAUCCUGUGCAAAUUGUCAGACCACCACCACCACGCUGUGGAGGAGAAAUGCCAAUGGCGAUCCCGUCUGUAACGCCUGCGGGCUCUAUUACAAGCUGCACAAUAUUAACAGACCCCUGACUAUGAAGAAAGAAGGAAUUCAGACCAGAAACCGAAAAAUGUCUAGCAAAUCCAAAAAGUGCAAAAAGGUCCACGACAGCUUGGAAGAUUUCCCCAAGAGCAGCUCUUUUAACCCCGCCGCCCUCUCCAGACACAUGUCCUCCAUCAGCCACAUUUCACCUUUUAGCCACUCUAGCCACAUGCUGACUACCCCGACACCGAUGCAUCCACCCUCCAGCCUCUCUUUCGGACCUCAUCAUCCUUCCAGCAUGGUCACUGCCAUGGGUUAGAGACAGACUCCCCCUGCUAAAUGCUUUACGGUCUCAAAAUGAGAUUUACUUUAUAUACUUGCAUUUUUGCAGGCGUGCGGUUCUCAAGUGGAAGCCGAAAACAAAUGGAUAAAAAUAAAAAAAAAUAUUAUUUGAAGGCAUAAAAGAAAAAAAAAAAGGAAAAUAAAAGUGUUGUUUGCCACUUUUUAAAGGAGCUCACUAUGGUGUCUGUAUUCUCAACCUCUGAAUCUGGACUCCAUCUGUGAAUAAGCCAUUCGGACUCAUAUUCCCUAUUUAACAGGGUCUUUAGUGCUGUGAACAAAAAAGAUGAACAUUGCAUAUAACUUAUAUUGUAAGGAAUACUGUACAUUUGAGGAAGACUUUAUUGCAUCUGGGUAAGCUGUAAAGACAAGCAUGAAGGACUCCGAGGGAAAAAAAUAUUAAAGGCGGAUGGGGAGGAGAAAAAAAGAUGCCGACCGAGAAGAACCAGGUCUAAUGAACGAACGGACAAACUGCCAGUUGUGUCUUCUCUCUCUCUGGCUGGCUCAAGAUGUUUGAUGCAUUAACUAACUAACUAACUAACUAAAGCUGUAGGCAGAUCAUUCAUUCCAGGCAUCAGGCCUUUUACAGAGGAAGUAAUAAUGAUUUGGGGGCAAUCAGUGUUAACAUACGGCUGUUGCCAGUGAGGGUUUUUAGAUCGCCAUCCUUCAGGCCUAUAUGCAUUGUGAACAAGUUCCUGUAAUUGUUGUUUGUAUGUAUAUUUCAAAGCACCAAAUUAAGAGAGAUGUAGAUUUAUUUCAUCCUAUUAUACAGACUGAAUGGUUGUACAAAUUUAUUUACUGCUAGUGUUAAGACCUAUUUUAUUUUGGUUUUGUUUUGUUUUCAUAUUUUUUCCCUUUUUUUUUUGAGAAUAAACUAGAUUAAAUUCUGUUGACUUACAGGUGUUUUGUGCUUGGCGGGGUGUGGACGGGGAAUCUUUUUGUUUUUGUUUUGAGGAUAUUUAUUAAAUAGCUUUCAUGGGCAUAGGCGACCUGUAUCUUUUUCAGCUCCUUUUUGACGGCCAGUGCAAUGUUUGCGGUGGUUUAUAAAUAAAAUAAAAUAAAAUUAAAAUAAAUGAAGUGCAUGUUAGCGUGACCCACUGUUCAGUGUCUGUUACAGAUCCCUGGAUUUGCAAAGCAUAUGUAGCUGCUGUCGCUCCCGGCUAGGAGAAUCAUUCCUUUCAGUGGCACUCUAGAAGUGUAUGCUGCUGAGAUUGGAGGUUCAACCCCCCUGUGCGAACCCUGAUAACCAAUGGACUGUUAGGAAUUGAGUGGGGAGGUGCAGAAAGGUACCUCACUCUGCUUUAGGAGGCCUCAAGGAAAGAAUCGUGUUUGGCGAUAAGCUUCCCUCAUGUUCUGUGCUUGUGGCUGCAGCCCUGAACCACUUCCUUAUGCAGUGAAACAUUUUUUUCAGUCUCAAGUCCCGAUCCACGAAUGAGCUCUAAGUGGGUGUAGGGUUGCCAGGUGUCCGGUAUUUUUUACUCAACAACUUUUGCAACCCCCUUUAUUUUUGCUCCACAGAAUUUUUCCCCUGCGUUUUUUUUUGGGGGGGGGAGGGGUUCGGUAUUUUUUGCGAAACCAUCUGGCAACCCUAAGUGGGUGGAGCCUGUUUUCUUGCUGAGCCUCAAAGAAAGGGAUGGAACUCAUUUUAACAGCAUACAAAGGAUGGUGAUGAUCUCUAUUGCCAUCCCCUCACCAUCAACAGUCAUGAGCCUGCUCCCCCUCUACUCCAAAUUCAGGAGAUGAACUUUAAACUAUUGAGAUUUAAAAUAUACCAACAAAUAAAUAAACCUGGGGGCCUUUUAAUUUGCUUUAGGGUUAACUUUUUUUUUAGUGUUUCCCCACAAAGCACGAGGACUGGGAACAUAAAAAAUGCUGACAUUCCGAUAGUCACAUGACUCCAGGAGGUGGGGCUUUAAGAAAAGCACCCUAUAUUGAGGGUUGUGAUACAAUCGCAAGGGUUGGAAAUGCUGCAACAAGCGUGUAGACCUUGUAGUUAUAAUGAAAGGAAAAUAAUAUUCGCUCUCAACAAGGAUGACCUUCAAAUGAAUGAUUACCCCCUGAGGGUGGCAACAUCUGAGGCCUCUGUGCAGUAGCUGAAUUCUUUUUUGUCUACCAAGUGGAGGCCCUAUUUCACAACUACAUAUAUGAAUAAUGUUUACUCAUUCAAGUAGUCCCAUUGGGUCAAACUGUGCUCUCAGUGAUACUGGUCUAAACUCAGAGUAAGUUUUAGACCAAUUUAUAUGAGAUCAGAAUUAAACCCCUUGGGCUUGCUUCACAUUUGCUCUGAAUUGUGUGUAACCAUUUACUCCAAAUCCAAGUGGAUAUAAAAUACCAUUCUGAGCUGGUAACAUUUCACGCACUCCUUGCAUUAGGUACAUGACUAUAUAAGGCUCAGUUCAUUGACUUCCAUGGGCUUACUCACAUGAAUAGCAAGUUCCUAUAUAAGCAAAGGGGUACAGGAUAAGGCCCAUGGUUCCUGCUGGUAACUUUCAAGAUCAAAAUAAAUUGGGCCAAAGAAGACUUUAAUUUGCUCUUUUGUCUUUGUUUUAGUUUCUCCCUUUUCCCCGCUUCCAAACAAACAUAGCCGAGAUAAGUCUACAUCACAACUGAGGAAUUAAUGAGAGGUAUAUGGCAAACACAGUAAUCAUUUUGUAAUACUGUUUAGUUCCCUUUUAUGCUGUUGAUAAAGAUGUGUAAACAUAAACGCAAACCAAAUCUAUGUUAAUCACCUGUUUUCUCAAUAUUUUAAGCAUAAAGGCUAAAUGUUGAAAUAAAAUGGAGUGGAGGAUGCAAAUAGA